AACGAAACGCGUUUCACUCCGACUCACGUGAGUGAACGGAACAUUACGAAGCAAUGGCGUUAGUGCUGCAGAAAUGAAUGGUUUAACACAUUGUUUGCGUUGAAUUAUUUGGGGGCUAAACUGAAGAUGUUUUAGGAGAACGACGCAUUUAAAUAACACUCAGGUCGAAGGAUGGAAUGCGACAUCUUGGACUCGCUAGAGCAGCUCGGCUACGACGGGCCUCUGCUGGAGGAGAAGCCGUUGGUCAGAGCCGCAGAGGGAGGCCUGUCCUCGCAGGAGUACGUGGAGCUGUGCCGGUGGCUGGCGACCAGGUUGAAGCCGCUGUGUGACCUAGAGGGAUGCAUUGUAUCGGCUUCAGACGACACGGAAAGCCUCAAGUUCGAAAUGAGUGGUUUGUUGAAGGAGCUGCAUUGUCCUUAUGAAGAAACAGUUUCAGGGAUUCUUAAGGGUUGUGCACAAACUACAAAAGAUCAUCUUAAGUGUCUCUUGUUUCUGAGCUCGGAGCUUCAGGCAGCUCAGAUUGUGAAGAGCAAACGACUCACUGAUCAACGGCGACAAGAGAGUCCUGCAAAUCAGCAGCUUACAGCCAUUUGUGAGACUCUGAAUUUGCCUGAACCUGGGGGACAGAGUGCAGCAGCAGUGUUCUCCCAGGUGCAAAGCAAGGUUGAUGAAAAACUUAAAGAUCUUCCAAAUGGCUCAGUUGGAAGCCCCGUGCUGAAGAAGUCUCUCAGUAAUGACCAGUGGGAGAAGUUACACAACAUCAACACGGCUCUGUCUUCCGAGUACGAGUGUCGGCGCAGGAUGUUGAUCAAACGCCUGGACGUCACCGUUCAGUCGUUUGGUUGGUCGGACCGAGCCAAGGUGAAGGUGGAUAGCAUGGCGAGGGCCUACCAGCCCAAGAGGCACACCCUGAAGCCACAGUCCAUAGUGGAUGUGGGAGAUCUGCUUGCUGCCAGAGAAGAUAUCUGCAAUGUGAUGAAGACCAGCAGUGGCUACAGCAGGGAGAAGACCGCUUGUGCUGUCAACAAGAUCCUCAUGGGAAGAGUGCCAGACCGAGGAGGACGUCCCUCAGAGAUCGAACCCCCUCUUCCUGAGAUGCCACCUUGGCAGAAAAGACAAGAUGGAGGUCAAGGCUGGGGAGGAAGAGGAGGACGAAGAGGCGGCGGAUGGGGACAAGGACGUGGUGGUGGCGGCGGCGGGGGAAGUGGAGGAGGUGGUGGUUGGAGAGGAGAUGGGUGGAACCAUGGAAAACACAGUGGACACGGAGGAAAGCGAGGACGGUACCAGUAUUAAUUUAAUGUACACUUUCUUGCGAACUGGGCCUUUUUUAUACUCAGUUUUGCAUCUUCUAUGAUGAAGAAACAUUUUUUAUCCCGUGUCAGACUGACAUUUUGAGAGACAUUUUUAUUAUAGCAUCAUUUUUGCAUUUAUGUCGGCACCGGAGGAGUGAUACUUCUAAUAGUAUGUACAUGUACUGCAUCUAAGUAUUUAGUGUUUGCUGGAUGUAGAGAUUAAAGUGUGAGAAGACUGGACUUAUA